UGCAUCUGAUCAUGGAUGAUUUGAUCAUGGAGGUACGACGAAGUAGUACUACCAUGGAGUACGAAAGCUUGUGAUUAGUUAGUUUCUACAUUAAUGCUAGCUAUCAAUGCCACGCCGUUCUUGGAUAUUAUUAUCGGUACAACACUGUCCGGAGUUAAAAACAUUAUUCCGUAUGUGUGCAUUAAGUGCUUGGAUGAUAUCCUGCAAUAACUCUGUAUGGAGAAAGCCGUGCAGUUCUUUGUAAAUCAUUUCACACCAGUAUAGGCGAAGGUUUGGCUGCCAUACAGUUCCAACAAUAUAUUUCUGAGUGAAAUGUUGGAGGGUGGAGAAACUAUGCACUGACUUAUUCUACACAGUUGUCAGCAUGGGAGAGGACGAGUUGUUUGGAAACACAGAAAGCAUAAGUAGUGACAACUGGACUGAUGUCACAACCAAUCACACGGGACUCACACCGAUUACCAGCCUGGAGCUAACAAUGAUGGCGAUCACUCUGACAAUCCUCGCCGUCAUUUUCACUAUAGGCUCGGUGGGUAACAUCAUGGUCUGCCUGGUCAUCUCGAUGUACGCUCAGAUGCGAACGGUGUUUAACAUUCUCGUGCUCAACUUGGCCGUUAGUGAUCUCUUCCUUGGUGUCAUUGCUGCUCCUGCUUAUGCCGCACGCAUCAUCUUUGAAAUUGUUGGGGUCCCAGCCGACGACAACGAUGGCAUCACCGUCGUUUGUCACAUUUCAGCAUUCGCUCACUACGUGUGCACUGCACAGUCACUCAUGACAAUGACACAAAUGGGAAUCAUUCGUGUCGUUGCCGUGUGUAUGUCAUCCAAACGACGCCGAUUCCGCAUCAACAAAAUCAUCCCAUGUGUUUUAAUAGCUCUAAACUACGUCGCGUCUUUGACUUAUGCAGCAUUCGCUUACACGACAGGAACUUACACAAUAUGCCUGGACCUGAAAACGAGAGCGAGUGUUGCUCAACGCCUCAGCAGUUUGGCCAUGCUGGUUGGUAUUCUAAUCCUUAUAAGCAUGUGCUACAUCUGGAUUUUCAUAAGUACACGUAAACAGAGUGCAUCUAAUGCUGCGGUUCAUCCUGAAUUAAGCAAAGUUCAACGGCCGAACCGCUUCGACGUAGCCACCGCCAAGGCCCUCCUCCUUGUCGUGGGGACUUAUGUCGUCGGUUACAUUCCCUAUGUGGUUUUUAUCAGUCUUUGGGCGGCAGGUUUGGUUGAGGACAACGCCAGAUAUAUGACAAUCUUCCCGGCCCUGACUUCGUUGUGCUGCGUGGCCAACCCCAUCAUCUACACCCAUAACUCGGCAAUGUUCCGAAGACAACUCCGACGUUUGUUGAGACCGGGUUAAGUCUGUCCCCCGUAAGGUCCCCCGUAAGACAGAUCUGCCAGCCCGGACCGCUGCCAACGCGGUAUAGAGAAGGCCGUGGUGACAUCACGACUGUAAACCCCAUACAACUGUACUACAGUAUACACUCAUGAGUGUAUCCUGGAGUUUUAAGAGUGUGUGAUUCCACCUUAGCCCCUUCUGAUUUCAACAUUGGCGCUUACAUAAAUGUUAUAAAUGACCGUAACUAAAUUCCCGAGCCAAAGGCUGGUCAUUUGACAAUAAGUUACUUUUGUCUGAAGAAAAUGAUCGAUUUGUACUAAUAUUGGAGUCAUAAUAAUAGUAAAACUAUUUCUCUACGUCUACGCCUGUAUUGAUUUGUCGAAGUUAUAUGACACUGUUUGGUUUAAUUUUUGAAAUUCUGCAAGAGUUUUACAUUUUUAAAGAUGGCGGCUUUUGUGACGUCAUUAUUAUGAUGAACCCCAAAACGACAGAAAUCUGGGUUUGUUUUAGCAGCGUUUUUUUUUAAAUACCAGUUCGACACCCCUUGCUAAGCUUCCAUAUAAUGCAACUUAGAAAUCACUGCGUUUAACAGUUGGUUUUUCUUAAAGAUUCUUGACACUUUUGGUAAUUGUCAAGACCAGUUUCUCUCUUGGUGUAUCGCAACGUAUGCA